AUGACCGAACCGAACAAGUGGCGUUUCUUGAAGGGCUGCACCCUCAAGAACUUGAGCAACUGGCGACUAUCCCUCAAGUUUGCGCAACUGAUGGUAUCCUUCCUAGCCUUUAUGGCUGAAGAAGCUGUGAAGAGAACUGACUCCUGUCCUGGACUUUACAUCUUUGAGUUUGCCAGCUGCAGUGCCUUUAUUUUAAGCAUCUUAAUCCUGGUUUUAUACUGUACUGCUGUUUAUCAAAAGGCUGGAGAAGAGAGAGUGACUUGUGUGGAUUUUUUUGUUGCUGCAAUAGUAGGAUUCCUGUUCUUCCUGGCUUCAAUUAUAUUUACUGUAACCGCUGAGAAGCAACUGAUUGAAAAUACUGCAAUUACAUUUGGUUUCUGCGCAAGUACAUUGUUUAUUGUGGAUGCUGCACAAAUCAUCAUGAAACGUAUUGUGGAGGAGAAACUGCUAGAGAGCAUCCCAACUCUUCGCCUCAAUCGUCGUGAUCGUCGUGAUCGUCGUGAUUGUCGCGAUCGUGAACAGCUUGGCAUGCGGAUGUUAAAUAAUCACCGAGUCUAA